UUAUGGAUAAUCCCCAGCCUGCUGGGCAGCUCACUGUUGCACCUCCAUUCAGAGGACCAAUGGGAGCGGUUGUCGGCCUGGGUGUACGGGGCGGGGCUCAGCUCGCUCUUCAUCAUCUCCACCCUGUUCCACACUGUGGCCUGGAAGAAAAGCCACUUACGGUCUGUGGAGCACUGUUUCCACAUGUGUGACAGGAUGGUGAUCUACUUCUUCAUCGCUGCCUCCUACGCCCCAUGGCUGAACCUGCGGGAACUGGGUCCUUGGGCGUGCCACAUGCGCUGGUUGGUGUGGGUCAUGGCCUCUUUUGGUACCACCUACGUCUUCUUCUUCCAUGAGAGGUACAAGAUCAUGGAGUUGUUCUGCUACACGGUGAUGGGUGUUUUUCCAGCCCUGGUCAUCCUCUCGAUGCCGGAGCAGUCGGGCCUGUGCGAGCUUCUGCUGGGCGGAGCCUGCUACUGUCUGGGGAUGGUCUUCUUCAAAAGCGACGGCAUUGUCCCGUUCGCUCAUGCCAUCUGGCACCUGUUUGUAGCUAUGGGAGCAGCCAUACACUACUACGCCAUCUGGAGGUACCUCUAUGCCCAGCCGCCCAAUCAGGUUCAGACCUCCAGAUGACAUCAGCAGUGACCUCACAGGGGGCAGCUCCUGUGUUUGUGCGACAACACUGAGAUGAUGGGAGCUGUGUUCAGAUUCAGGGGUUGCCUCACUUGGAGGAUAGAUGGGCGACCAUGUGCCUCCUCCCCCAAAAUAAUACAGUCUAACCUCACACAGACCAAAACUGAUGCUGCGUUCAAGCGUUCCUCGUCAACCCGUAGAGUCAGAUAUGUCCGUGUUUGUCACUGAGAAGUCACACAAACCAGUGAAAAACAGUGUUAAUGACUCUGCUUUAAGACACGGUGAGCAGCUGGGAAACAGUGCACCAGGUUAGUGAUACAGGAAAUCUAUCCACAUCGCUUUCAUUUACAGGGAACGCUGCGUUUACCAUCAUGUACCGACUGUUAGCGAGGAUGAAUAGCGUAGUUUACGCCCGGCAUCCAUUAUGUCAGUAAAGCAAGAAAUAUUAUGUGAAAUUCAGUGUUUUAAUAAUGCAAAUCCCUAAAAACCCUGUUAAAAUGCGCUACAGCCUUAUCUUUCAGUGAUGAUGUUAUUUUAAGCUUGUUUUUAGGAGAAUCUGAGCCGCCAGUCAACAUUAAAGUGUGUUCUUAAUGAUUUCUAAAAGCCCUGACAAGCUUUCGCAGCUUUUCCCUGAGAGGCCACAUAUAACCCGACAACUUCCACCAAUCAGAGAGUCAGGCCGUACUUAAUUUAGCCUGUUGAGACGAUUCUUAGGGCAAAACAAUGUUCAGCCUAAACGUCCUUUUACUUGGAAAAGAUUUUUGCUCUUAGAAUAUCAAUCCAGCUUUUGUGGAGUGUUUAGAAAGAUUCAGUGGAUAAAUCAUCCGCAGUGGAAAUUAAGACCUUGCAUUGAUUACCUUCUGGACCCGUUUAGUGACUGAUGACCGCCUGAAGCCAAGUACCUCAUAAGUGUGAUGUGACAUUUCCUGACUUUAUGAGGUGAAGAGGAAAUUUGAACGCACCAUUAAGCCAUUGACCGGCAUGCGAUAGAUUGUAGGACACUGAGAGUCGUGGACACCAGUGUUGUGGACGGCUGCGUUUGGAGGAGGAGCCUUUCCUCUGAAACUGCCCCGUCAGCCCGCGGAGACGAGUCUGUUCUUCCAGGGAGGCAGCCUGUAAACUGGGACACAGCUCAAUUCAUUUCAAUUUUCAAUUUACAGCAUUUUUUUUUUUUUUGCAGGAAUUCAGUUUCAUUCCAAUUAUCAGGGGUUCAAUUGCUAAUCUUGAAGAUUUUCUCUCUUUGUGGUGCGUGUCCACAUUCGGUGCUCGGAAGCUGAAUCGGGGGACAUCGUCUUAUUGACAAGAGGAAGACAGUGUUUACAAUGAACUGACUCGACUAUCGUAAUUAUUUAGAGUAUUAUCAUCGUCACAAGCAGAAGGUUUUAUUUGGUGUUUAUAUUUAAGAGGUCGCAACAUCAGUAAUUUACUAUUUCAAUUCAGAGCUCUAGAUUGUAUUAUUCCUGUUAUUGUUAUUAGUUGUGCAAUCUACACUCUAGUACACGAUAUGGUUUUUACAGCAGUUGCUUCAGUCGGUGAUUUACUGUGAUUUCCAGAUCAAGCAUGACCGUAGAAUGCUUUUUAUUUUACGUUGACUGAUAUUCAUGGUUUUAGUCUCGAGGACUUAACACGUGUGCUUCCACCUUUACCGAGCUCUGUUUAGUAGAUUUUCUAGAAUAUUUACUGAAUUCUAAUAGUUUACUGUUGUUGAUUAGGUUUAGUGAGUGAAGAUGUCAUCAGUACGAAUUAUACAGUAUAUAUUUAUCAAUGAGGUAGAGUAUAUGUUGACUCCAUCUAUAUUUUAUUCUGAUGUACUUAGCGGAAUAUCUUCUGUCGUCUCCAUCUUAAAUGACCCGUCUUGUCAAAGCUACGUGGGUUAAACCACCCGUCUGACUCAGCACUGCCAGAAGACUCACCCACUGCCGCAACUGAUAGCACACGACUUCCAUAUACGUCUCACACUUGAAAGGAAACUGAAGCUAUAGUAUUGUUGAACAAUCUGGCCCAAUAGGCAUCUCAGGUGUGUGUG